UUUUAAAAUACCGUGAAGCUGAUGUCGGCCGCCAUUUUGUGGUUUUUGUUUUACAGCCUAUUAUAAAUUAUUAAAUUUAAAUUUAAUGUCAAAAUUUAUAAGUUUUAUAUUUUUAAUUAUUUCAGUUAGAAAAUAAUAAAAAUAAGUAAUUAUAAAUAUUAAAAACAUGAGAAAAAAAAUGGAGAAUGAAAAUGACUGCGACAUUUUAACACCGAGUUCUGAAGAAGAAAUAGGUUAUUGUGGGUCAAAUUUAUUGAGAUCUCAUAUAAAUUGGGAAAAAGUCGGCUAUCAGACUCAAAAUGAGCCCAUGAAGAUGACAUUGAUCUCCGAUGAUACCGACCAGCAAUUUUGGGCAGAAGAUGAAUUAAGUGGUCGGGAAUCUCGAGCCCAGAUAUCGAAACGCAAAAGACGUCGUAGUUUAGCGCACAGAAAUCGGACGUACAGAAGCAGAUCAAGGCUGAAUAAUUUAUCAAGUUCAAGCGGACUGUCUAGCUCACGGAAUCCUGCAACCAGCCGAAGAAAAAAACGAAGGAAAAAGAUAUCGGAUGUAAACAAACCCGCCCCGUCCCAGCCGUCAAAUAGCAGCUCCAGAAGCGACAACAAAAAAAUUCGCGUUUCAAAAAUUCGAAUCUUUAAAAUGCGUAAAAAAUAAUAUCACUAUUAUAAAUAUAUAGAUGUAUAUAUUUAUAUGCGAUGCAUAGUCACGAUAAAUUAUUAUACAAUCAGUUAAAAAAAAAACGAUACUUAAUUUCUGUCUUGUCACUUUCGCAGCCAGAUAAUGCUACGUAAUGAUGGAUAAAAUUAUCUGUCUAUGCUCGACUAAUUAUUGCUUUUUACAUAACGUUGAACUUAUACAUACAUAUAUAAAUUUAUUGUUAGUAUUUACAUAAAAUUUUUUGUUACCUUGAUAAUAAAACCCGGAUUUGUACUUUGCGCUUUAAAAAACAAUAAAAAAGUA